CUCUAUCAGCUUUUUUUUAUAGAGGUGCUCUCGGUGGGGUGACCCCGCCAAAAUCUGUCGUCUGCUUGUUGACUCAAAACAGCCGAGUCGGAGACUGGGACUCACUUAUACGCAAACUUACUAUUUUACCCCUAAAUCUCCAAGGUCAGAUUUAGCUUCGAGUAGUUACAGUAGCCGCCAAAAUGAAGGCAGACGAACUCGUUGCCGUAUCGACCUCUCUUGGAGGAGACUUCAAGUCUAUUGAGCCUCACCUUAUCCGACUUGAAAAGCAUCUCACCUUGAGGACUUACCUUGCCGGAUACACUCUAAGCGAACUAGACACUAAGAUCUGGCUUGCCAUCAAGGGAAAUCGCGUCGCUGUAUCCUUCGUCCGGAAGGGAUCCUACCCAAACCUCCACCGAUGGUUCACCUAUGUCGAACAAGUCCAUCCCGAGAUCCAAGCCGAAGUCAAAGCUGCAGACUCGGCACGAAAGGCCAAGGUCCAGGCGGCUAGUCGAGCUGGUGCUAGCUAUAACUUAGCACUACAGGAGACAGAUAAGGGAGUCGUCACUCGAUUCCUUCCCGAGCCAUCGGGAUACCUUCACAUUGGACACGCCAAAGCCGCGCUACUCAGCGAUUACUUUGCGCACCAAGCUUACGAUGGCAAGCUACGUCUGAGAUUAGACGAUACGAACCCGAGCAAAGAGAAGGAGGAGUACCAGGAUGCCAUCAUCGAGGAUCUUGCUCUCAUGGGAAUCAAGCCGGAUGUCGUCACGUAUACCUCGGACUACUUCGACCACCUUUACGAAACCUGCCUCUCCCUCAUCAAGAGCGGUAACGCAUAUGCUGAUGACACGGACGUAGAGACCAUGCGCGACGAGCGAGGAAAGGGUAUCGCAUCCAAGCGACGAGACAGAACGGUUGAGGAGAACUUGGCCAUAUUUGAAGAGAUGAAGAAUGGUACGGAGGAAGGGUUGAAGAAUUGUAUUCGCGCAAAGAUCUCGGUCGACAACCCGAACAAGGCUAUGCGCGACCCCGUCAUCUACAGGUGCAAUCCCAACGAUCCGCAUCACCGCACCGGCACCAAAUGGAAGAUGUACCCUACCUACGAUCUCGCAUGCCCUGUGGUCGACAGCUUGGAAGGUGUCACGCACGCGCUCAGGUCCACCGAAUACACGGACAGAAACCCUCAGUUCCAAUGGUUCAUCGACACGCUUAAGCUACGCCAGGUGUACAUGUGGGAUUUCGCUCGUAUGAAUUUCAUCCGGACCUUCUUGUCCAAGCGCAAGCUCGCUAAGCUGGUUGACACCGGCCGAGUCUGGGGCUGGGAUGACCCGCGAAUGCCGACCAUCCGGGGUAUUCGCAGACGAGGCAUGACCAUCGCCGCGCUCCGCGAUUUUAUUUUGAAGCAGGGUCCGUCCAGGAAUGUCGUGUCCAUGGACUGGGCUAGCUUCUGGGCUACGAACAAAAAGGAGAUUGACCCGGUUGCGCCACGACACACCGCCAUUCUAAAGAAGGACCACGUCAAAGUCGCUAUCAUGGGAGAUGAAGCCCCUGCCGAGCCACGUACCGAAGACAAGCCACUCCACCCUAAGAACCCCGCCGUCGGGACUAAGAAGGUAGCUUUUAGCAAAGAACUGAUCCUGGACCAGGAAGAUGCCAAGUCAUUCAAAGACGGCGAAGAGAUUACUCUAAUGCAAUGGGGCAACGCGGUCGUCAGAGCUAUUGCCAGCGGUGACCCAAUUACAAGCAUUACGUGCGAGUUGAACCUCAAGGGAGAUGUUCGUUCUACCGAGAAGAAGGUUACGUGGCUCUCGACGCAGGGGCAGAAGCUUAUCGAUGCGGAGCUCUGGGACUUUGACUAUUUGAUUACCAAGGACAAGCUCGAGGAGGAUGACGACCUAGAGCAGUUCCUAAACCCCGUAACGGCGACUAAGGAAGACGCAUUCUGCGACGAGGGUGUCGCUAAGCUUAAGCAGGAUGAUAUUAUCCAGUUGGAGCGGAGAGGGUACUAUCGCGUAGACAAGGCGUACGACGAGAAUGGGGAUAAGAAGGUUGUUCUGUUCUGCAUCCCGACCGGAAAGAACAAAUAGACAGGCAAAACGUGUAGUUCGGAGGACUCGAAUAAUAAUAAAAAAGGCUCAAUGGUGAUAGAGAUUGCUGUCGGGCUACGAAGAUCAUGUGCUGUUUUACGCGAUGCUGGGGCCGAAAACGUGAAUCCUUCAGAGAGGACAGCGUAGAACAAUCGCCGAGCAAUUCAUCCAUGGUAGUCUUCCGUAUGGUAGCAGCAUCAAACCAGUACUUAGAAUGAGUUGUAAAAUAGGUGCUAUUGUAGAUGAUCCCGUUCCAAAUACCUAGUAUAGUGAUGUUCGGGUAUGCUAUAUCAUUCGUCCGAUGCCAUAAGAUCGAGCUAAGAGGUGACGAAUGAGAAGAGCGAUUGAUUUGCUUAUACGAAACAGCUUGAUAGACUCGACUCUAACGUGGCUAUUGGCUUAAGUUCGUGAUUUCAGGCUCACAGGACAAUAAUUGUAAUGAUUAAAAUGUCAAAAUACGAAAACCCAAAGCUACAGGGUCAAAGUCAGGUUCGG